AUGACUUCCGCGCAGAAUCACAAAGACGCUAAGGACUGUCAUCCACGUCUCAGUGUCGUCCUCAUCCUCAAGGCCCUCACCAAAGUGGACCUCCACCCAAACCACCUACGGCACCCCCUCUUCAACGUGUGCUUGGUUCAUCGAAGGGUCACUCACCCCACUGCGGCAAAUGGCCCAGUAGCGUUGCAGGAGCGCCGCUUCCACUACCCGCAUGCAGUCCACAAGUCGUGGUCCGUGUCCAGGUUGAUGUCGAGGCCAAUCGUGAUGGGCGGGCUCGACGACAGCACGCGGGAAAACGCAACGCCAAGAGAAAGGAGCGAAUCCAGCGAGACACAUGCAUCACCCUCCGCUCCCCCACAACAAUUCCUGCAGGAAACUUUUAAACACAAGCGGGGAGGCGGAGGAACGCAAGAAUGUCAACACGUUAUCGUCCCAUUUUUCAUCAUAUGA